AUGGUUUUAAGUGGGUCACAAGUAUAUGAGCGUGUGAAAGACAUUGGGGAUGUGUUUGGAAAGAUGAAAAAUAAAGGCACUUCAAGCAACAUAUGGAAGAAAAAGUCAAUUUUCUUUGAUCUCCCAUAUUGGAGGGUGCUUGAUGUGAGACAUUGUAUAGAUGUUAUGCAUGUAGAGAAAAAUGUGUGUGAUAGUAUUAUCGGAACACUCCUCAAUAUUCAAGGCAAGACGAAAGAUGGUCUAAAUGCUCGUUUGGACUUAGUUGAAAUGGGUAUAAGAGAACAAUUAGCUCCACAAUCACAUGGUAAGCGAACAUACUUGCCUCCAGCAUGUCACACAUUGUCUAAACAAGAGAAAAGAAGUUUUUGUGAGAUUUUACAAGGUGUGAAAGUUCCACUAGGUUACUCUUCCAAUUUUAAAAGACUUGUAUCCAUGAAAGAUCUAAAAUUACUUGGAUUAAAAUCUCAUGAUUGUCAUGUAUUGAUGCAACAACUUCUACCAGUGGCUAUUCGAGGCAUAUUGCCUAAGAAUGUUAGAUAUACCUUAACAAGAUUGUGCUUCUUUUUUAAUGCAAUAUGUAGUAAGGUUAUCGAUAUUGAGAAGUUGGAUCAGUUAGAAAAUGAGGCUGUACUCAUAUUGUGUCAGUUGGAGAUGUACUUUCCUCCAUCAUUCUUUGAUAUUAUGGUCCAUCUGAUUAUUCAUUUAGUCCGAGAAGUUAGAAUUUGUGGUCCAGUAUUCUUACGGUGGAUGUACCCUAUUGAGCGAUACAUGAAGAUAUUGAAAGGGUAUGUAAAGAACCAAUAUCGUCCAGAAGCAUCAAUUGUUGAAAGAUAUAUUGCAGAGGAAGCUAUUGAGUUUUGUACAGACUACUUAUCACAAGUUGAAGCUAUAGGGGUACCGAAGUCUCGUUACCAUGGAAGAGAUGCUGGUAAGGGUACUCGAAGUGCAAAAGUUAUAACUUCGAGUAGAGAUGAAGUUCUCCAAGCACAUUUAUAUAUAUUGAAUAACAAUAAAGAAGUCAUCCCCUAUUUAAGUACUCAUAAAGAUAUUGUGAAGAGAAAUAAUCCACGAAUGUCUCAAAAGUGGGUCAUUAAUGAGCACAACAAAACUUUUUUGAAGUGGUUCAAACAACAGGUUCAAAAUGACAAUACAACUUCUGAUACAUUAAAUUGGCUAGCAAGUGAGCCAAACUAUGAUGUCUUAUGCUGGAGUGGGUAUGAUAUAAACAAUUAUACAUUUAAUACAAAAGACGAAGAUGAAAAAAGCACCACACAGAAUAGUGGAGUAAUGGUUGUAGCUGAAUCAAUGCAUUUCUCAAGUUCAAAGGAUAAAUAUCCGAUUAUGGCCUCAAUGUGCUACUUUGGUGUAAUUGAAGAUAUUUGGGUAAUAGAUUACACAAGUUUUAGAGUACCUAUUUUUAAAUGUAAGUGGGUUGAUGGUAAUACUGGCGUGAAGACUGAUGAUCUAGGUUUUACCUUGGUUGACCUAGAAAAGGAAGGUUAUACUAAAGAGCCAUUCAUCAUGGCAUCUCAAGCAAAACAAGUGUUUUAUGUCACUGAUCCCGCUAACAAAAGGUGGUCAGUGGUUCUCCAAGGCAGAACCAUACAUUAUACUGAUUACAAUGAUGAAUUGAUACUUGAUAUUAGCGAAACUCCAUCCUUCUCAUCAAAUAUGCCGACCUUGAAUGUUGACAAUGAAGUAGAUGAUGUUCAUGCCGUACGUGAUGACCACAACGAAGGGUUGUGGGAGAACGUUCUAACUUGA